UGCGCAAAUGGAUGACGACGGCACUGAAGGAUUGUUGAUGCCUCGUAGGGCAUGAUGGACCCAUCGGAGAAUUGUUUGAAGCUUUGAUCGGAAUAUAAAUAUCUAUAGACGAUCCCCGAUCAGUACCAGCUCGUCAACACAUUCAAUCCAUUCAUUCUUUAUCACAAUGCGUCUCAUUCAAGGCGCCACUGUGGCUGCUCUGGCAGCUGCAGCCAACGCAGCCUCUCUCUCCGAUGUCUGCACCGUCUCCAACGUGCAGUCUGCCCUUCCCUCCAAUGGCACUCUGCUGGGAAUGGACAUGAUCCCCUCCGCCGUGACUGCUGGCGCUGUCUACAAUGCCUCCGCCGGCAUGGGCAGCACCGAGACCUACACCUACUGCAAUGUGACCGUCACCUACACCCACACCGGCAAGGGCGAUUCCGUUGUCGUCAAAUACGCCUUCCCCAAGCCUUCCGACUUCAAGAAGCGAUUCUACGUUGCUGGUGGAGGUGGUUUCUCCCUCUCGAGUGAUGCCACCGGUGGUCUCGGAUAUGGUGCCGUUGGUGGUGCCACCUCUGCUGGCUACGAUGCCUUCGACCAGAGCUACGACGAGGUUGUUCUCUACGGCAACGGAUCGAUCAACUGGGAUGCCACCUACAUGUUCGGCUACCAGGCGCUGGGCGAGAUGACCAAGCUGGGCAAGACCCUCACCAAGGGCUUCUACGGAAUGGCCUCCGACGACAAGGUCUACACUUACUACGAGGGAUGCUCCGACGGUGGCCGUGAGGGAAUGAGCCAGAUCCAGCGUUAUGGCGACGAAUACGACGGUGCCAUCACCGGUGCCCCUGCCUUCCGCUUCGCCCAGCAGCAGGUUCACCACGUCUUUUCGUCUGCUGUGGAGAAGACCAUGGACUACUACCCUCCGCCUUGCGAACUGGACAAGAUCGUCAACGCCACCAUUGCUGCCUGUGACCCUCUCGACGGACGCACUGACGGUGUUGUCUCUCGUACCGAUCUCUGCAUGCUCAACUUCAAUCUCACCUCCAUCAUUGGCCAACCGUACCACUGCGCCGCGAAGACCAGCACCUCUCUCGGCUUCGGCUUCAGCAAGCGUGCUGAAGGAAGCACCACCAGCUACCAGCCCGAGCAGAACGGAACCGUCACUGCCGAGGGUAUCAAACUCGCCCAGACCAUCUACAACGGUCUGCACAACUCCAAGGGCGAGCGUGCCUAUCUCUCGUGGCAGAUCGCCGCUGAGCUGAGCGAUGCCACCACCGAAUGGAACAACAACACCAAGAAGUGGGAGCUCAGCAUCCCCUCCACCGGCGGUGAAUACGUCACCAAGUUCGUCCAGCUGCUCAACAUCGACAACCUCCAGAACCUCGACAAUGUCACCUACGACACUCUCGUGGACUGGAUGAACACCGGUAUGAUCCGCUACAUGGACAGCCUGCAGACCACCAUCCCCGACCUCACCACCUUCCAGUCCUCUGGCGGUAAGCUCAUCCACUACCACGGUGAAUCUGACCCCAGUAUCCCCACUGCCUCGUCCGUCCACUACUGGCAGGCCGUUCGUGAGGUCAUGUACGGCAACCUCUCCGAGUCUGAGAGCCUCAAGGCGCUCGCCGACUGGUACCAGUUCUACCUCAUCCCCGGCGCUGCCCACUGUGGCACCAACAGCCUCCAGCCCGGUCCUUACCCCGAGAACAACAUGGAGAUCAUGAUCAACUGGGUCGAGAACAACGUCAAGCCCAGCCGUCUCAACGCUACCGUUUCUUCCGGUGACCAUGCCGGUGAGACCCAGAUGCUCUGCCAGUGGCCCACUCGUCCUCUCUGGCACAGCAACAGCAGCUCUUUCGACUGUGUCAACGACCAGAAGUCCAUCGACACCUGGACCUACACCUUUGAUGCAUUCAAGCUGCCCGUCUACUAAGCUGACAGCUACUGUGCUGAUUUUUUGAGUGAAACAAUCUAGACUGUUUGGAUGAGAUAUCUUUCAAUUCUGUUUUACUACUUGAUUAUCAAUACAUUUUAUAGUAAAAAUUUACACCUUA